AUGGCUGUCAGUUUUACAGAAGUCACUCUUCAGCCUCCAGUAUGCCCAGGCGAACCCACCACCCCCAACAUGAAACGUAAGCAUCUAAUGUGGCAGAAUGCGGUACGUCACAUUAUCGACCAACGAGGAAUGAACCAUGAGGGUCGACUAGCUAAUUCUCGCAAAAUCAUUGUUACUGAUGCUUACAUCGAUGACAUCAACAGACAGAUUCGUAACAAGGCCGCACGGGGCAAUGCUGGCUUUCACAAGCGACGGUCCUCUGCAGCCCAUAUCCAUCCCCUCCGAGAGCGCAACUCCACCUGCACCCAGAAAUCCACGGACUCUCUCAGCGAUGCUGACUUCUUCAUAAGCUGGGGCUCCACAGUACGUGGCGUCUUCCUUCCGGCCCUCAACCACAAGUUCAAAUCUCAGGAUCUAGAGCGUUUGUACCAGCAACACUCCUCUGGUCAGCGCCGAACUUCCCUUGUAGUCACACAUGUCAUUGAUAUCCUUACCAAACUCCAUAUUUUCUUCAUCUACCUGGCUGUGGCCCCAGAGAUGGUGGACUCUCAACGAGGAUGGUUGACUGGACUCUUCAUGGCCCUUGGGGCCAUUAUAUGUGUCUUAGUCCUCACCUGUAAAGCAGUGAUGUCUCCGGAUUACUUGCGUUAUGCUGGGUUGGCGAGCUGGCUAUCCCAGACAGUGCAGGCACUGGGUGGUUUGAUGUAUGGUUUGGAAAAGGACCAGUCUUGGUAUGUGCUCUUUACCCUGUUUGCAACCUACACACUACUACCCCUACCUCUACUGUGGUCCAUCUGCACAGGGUUCCUCACUGCUGCCUUGCACCUGAUGGUGGAUGCCCUUAGGAACUACGACGACACAGCCAUUGUCAGAAAGCUACUGGCGAAAGCUCUGUUGUACAUGUGCAUGAACACUGCAGGACUGUUCAUCCAUUACUUAUCAGAUCGUGCCCAAAGACAGGUCUUCCUCGAGACACGGCGUUGCAUUGAGGGGCGAGUCAAGAUGGAGCGAGAGAACCAGAGACAGGAGCGCUUGGUUAUGUCCAUUCUUCCUCGAUUCAUUGCUACUGAAAUGAUUUCUGAUAUGACUUCUAUGGACGAUGAAUUGCUUCCUCAACAAUUCCACAAGACCUACAUCCACCAAUACAAAGAUGUCAGUAUCCUGUUUGCUGAUAUAAAAGGCUUCACCUCUCUCUCGAUGACAAUGUCGGCUCAGGACCUGGUGCGCACCCUCAAUGAGUUGUUUGGCCGCUUUGAUCGUCUUGCAGAGGAGAAUCAUUGCAUGAGGAUAAAGAUUCUUGGAGACUGUUAUUACUGUGUGUCUGGAGUGCCAGAGCCCAUAACAGCACAUGCUCGCUGCUGUGUGGAAAUGGGCCUGGCCAUGAUCAACACUAUACGAUAUGUACGAAAGGAGUUGAAGAGAGAUGUGGACAUGCGUAUUGGGAUCCACUCUGGCUCAGUUCUGUGUGGGGUUCUGGGUCUGCAGAAAUGGCAGUUUGAUGUUUGGUCCUGGGAUGUAGAUGUUGCCAACAUGCUAGAGGCUGGAGGAAUCCCGGGGCAAUACCAGAUCAUUAGCCAUUCACUGCCAUAUUGCAUAGUUGCCACAACUUGGAGAUAUACAAUUGAUAAUCAGAAAUUAUUCAAAUUGUACAAUAUCAGGAGGGUUCAUAUAUCUCGAGCAACCCUGGACUGUCUACAGGGUGUAUAUGAGACAGAAGAGGGCCGAGGCCAUGAGCGGAAUGACUUUUUACGCAAACACAACAUCGACACAUUUCUGAUCCGCCACACGGCACAAGAUGACAAGGAGCCCCCUAAAAUGAGGAAGACCAGCAAAGAUGAGACGACAUGGAGUGCCGAGCUUCCCUUUGACAACAUUAUUGGCAUGAACUGCAUCUUAGCCACUUUCACCAAUGGUUCGCUGGUGCAGUUGCCCAAUCAGAUUGUUGCUCAGUGUGCUGGGUCACGGGAAAUCAACAAGAGAAUCAAGCAGGCCAUCGAGGUGCGCAGUAGUGAACGAAUGCGCAAAGAACACAUCACAACCUUCACACUGGUCUUCAAAGACACACACAUCGAGGGCAAGUUUUCUCAUAUGAGAGACGAGAUGUUUAAGUCCAACUUAGCCUGCUCCUUCCUCAUGCUCCUCUUCAUCAUGGCUGUUCAGGUUCUCAUUCCCUCACCAAAAAUCAGUCCAAUGGUAGUCCAGUUUCUAUUAUUCCUAUUUGCCUACAUGCUAUUGCUGCUGGUCACACUGGCUGAGGAAUUUAAGUGCUCCCCACCAUACCUACAGCAUCUGUGCUGCUGGAUCCACGAGACCAAGGGCAUCCGAAACCUGCUUACCCUCACCGCUAUUGCUAUUAACUUUGGCAUGGCCUCCACUGAUAUUUUGUGGUGUAACACAGUUGUGGAGGGUGAGGAGAGUAACAAGAGCUCUGAGCAACAAAGCACUCAGUGGCCAGUGAACAUCUGCACUCACCCUGAGUUCUUUGUGUUGAGUGGUGUGGUGGCCAUGGUAACAUGUGCGGUGUUCCUGAGGCUCAGUUGUCUGUUGAAGCUGGCAGUACUGAUGUUGGUCAUCGUCGUUUACACAUUCCUCAUUGAGGUUGCCUUCCAUGUGCUCUUUAUUCGCCAACAUGAAAAUGGCCAAAUUCAGAGAUCUCAAUACCUCAGACGAAAAGGCAUUUCUGUGCUACUAAUGGCAAUGUUUGUUGUGGCUGUCCUCUACAACAGUAGACAGUUAGAAACUACAGCCAGGCUUGACUUCUUGUGGCGUCUGCAGGCCAGGCAGGAAGUGGAGGACAUGAAGGAACUGAGGGAACAAAACGAGUGUCUGCUCUACAACAUCCUCCCUGCCCAUGUUGCUCGACACUUUCUUGAGAGAGACAGGAACAAUGAGGACCUGUACUCUGAAUCCUACCAGAGAGUUGGGGUGAUGUUUGCUUCCAUUCCAGACUUCACCGAUUAUUAUGAGAAAAAAGAGUUGAUUCAUCAGGAUGUGCAGUGUUUGCGUCUUCUUAAUGAGAUCAUUGCUGACUUUGAUGAGCUACUGGACGAGCCUUACUUCCAGGAAAUAGAGAAGAUCAAAACCAUUGGCAGCUGUUACAUGGCUGCAUCUGGCUUGUCUCCUGAAAAACAGGAAUGUGAAGAUGAAUGGGCGCACCUCAGUACGCUGGUUCUAUUCGCUUUGGCCAUGCAAGAAACUCUGAAAGAAAUAAAAAAACGGACCUUAAACAAUUUCCAGUUGCGUGUUGGUAUUUCUCAUGGGCCUGUUGUUGCUGGGGUGAUUGGAGCCACUAAGCCUCAAUAUGAUAUUUGGGGCAUGACUGUGAAUCUUGCAAGUCGGAUGGACAGCACAGGGGUCAGUGGACGUAUUCAAGUCCCAGAGGGUACGAGCCGUAUCCUGGCCGACCACGGCUUUGUGUUAAAGCUUAGAGGAGACAUAUACAUCAAAGGGGUUAGCGAACGGCAGGGAGGGGUCCGCACAUACUUUGUAAGCAGCAGGGAACAAAGGUCAAACUACGCUGAGAGAAACACCAGCAGAGGCAUCUCUCUCGGAAGGAACACCCUCGCUGCGGUGGUCUUUUCCCUGGUGCAGGCCCGCAAGAAGGAGAAGUUACGAGAGGCCAAUGGAGGCUUUCAUCUUAUGGAGAUGUCAUGAAUUUUGACAAACUGACACAAACCUGAACAGUUAUCUUUAUUAAUACCUCCUUUCAUUUAAUCAUUGCCUUCAAGAGAUUUUGAGUGUACUAUAUAUUUCUUUCUUCAACUUCAUUUCUCUUGUAAUACCAGAUUCACUGGCUUCAACUGCUUUUUCAAAGUCAUCAUUUGCUAUCAAUUUUGUUGUUUCUUUAAAUACCUGUCCUGGAUUUGAUAUCACUUGGAUUUAUGCAAAUUUUAAACCUUAAAAUUUAGGAAUUUUAA